CGCCCCCCGCCGCCGCCACCGCGGUCAGCCAGCGGACCAGCGGCAGGAGCCGUUCCCCGACGGGCAGCGGGGCGCUCGGCCUCCUCGUCUGGGCUGAGCGCGGCGACGCUGCUGCCCCGAAAUCCUCGUGGAUCUUGAGUCGUAUGGAACCUCAAGGUCUUUGUGACAAUGGAAACCAAAAAAUUAAUUGGUAAACCGCUUCAACCAGCAAGACCUAUUCGUCAUCUGACUUCUCCCCCAGGAGCAGUGUUCCCUUUCAACUUUCAAAAUGAAUAUCCAUGCAACACUCAGUGCAUACAAAGUGGAGUUAGCAGAUGUAAGACGAAUGGAAUGCAAGCCUUUUCUCAAGGUCUUAAUGAACAACAGCAACAUCAGUCUCCAGUUAAAAAAGAGAGAAUUAAAUACAGCAGAGAUUUCCUGUUGAAGCUCUCAAGUGUUUCCAUCUGCAGAAAAAAACCAGACUUUCUGCCUGAUCAUCCCAUUGUACUGCAAAAACCAGAAAACAACCAAAGUUUUAAGUAGCAUUUUAAGAACAGAUGAAUUUGAAGAGAAAGAAUUAUUCAUUUUAUAGUUUGGACAUCUGCAAAUGAGGUGGAUCUAGCAACAAUAACUGUAAUGGACUGUGACAAUUCAAUUUAUUCUUAAUUUUGAUGGUUGACUAUUUGACUUCUCUAAAAAUGAGAAAGAGCUAUUUUAAACUAUAAAGAAUUUUCUAAUCAGUUUCAGCCUUGCAGGAGGUUUCCUGCAUAAAUUGGGAAGUUACACUGGAAAGUAGGAAUUUGGUUAGUGAAGUGGGAAGACUGUAUAUUUAUAAUUUGCGUACUACUUGCAAUUUUUUGUUUUUCAUCACUUGUAAUAAUGGAAUGGAAAUGUAAGCUGUAAAGACUCUCAAAUAUAAAAUAUUUGCUACAGUGUAUAUAUGGUACAUAAUUUCUUGUUGCUUUUAAAGUUGCUUUUGUUGUUCUGCUUCCCACUGAUUUCAUACCAGCUCAUGAAUGGAUCAUUACAGUCUCUUCAGAGGCUUAGAAUGAUUCAGAAUGUUCAAUGCAUAGUUCUCAAUGACAGGAGGGAGAA